CUCGACUUCUUCCACGAGAACCCACACCUGACUGUUUCUGUACUACUGGUUCAGAGCAAGCGAACCUAGCCAUAUUAUCGCUACAAACUUUUUAGGAAACCACAUUUAUCACAUUUCUAAAAUGCCUCUGAAAUUCGAGCUUUGUCCUGGCAGGAUGAUUGGGGGUUCUAACCCCUGUUUUAUUAUUGCAGAAAUUGGACAGAACCACCAGGGAGAUAUUGAAAUUGCCAAGAAAAUGAUCAAGAUGGCCAAGGACUGCGGGGCAGACUGCGCCAAGUUUCAGAAGAGUGAGCUUGAGUACAAGUUCAACAAGCGUGCCCUGGAGCGGCCGUACACCUCCAAACAAUCCUGGGGCAAGACGUAUGGAGAGCACAAGCGCCAUCUUGAGUUCAGUCAUGUACAAUACCUAGAGCUGCAGAACUAUGCAAAGGAGGUUGGAAUUUUCUUUACUGCUUCAGGAAUGGAUGAGAUGGCUGUGGAGUUCCUACAUGAGCUUGAUGUGCCCUUCUUCAAAGUCGGUUCAGGGGACACCAAUAACUUUCCCUAUCUGGAAAAGACUGCAAAAAAAGGUCGCCCCAUGGUGGUGUCCAGUGGCAUGCAGUCAAUGGAGACAAUGAGACGGGUCUACCAGACGGUCAAGAAACACAAUCAGAACUUCUGCAUCCUGCAGUGUACCAGUGCCUACCCAUUGGAGGCUGAAGAUGUCAACCUGCGUGUCAUCGCAGAAUACCAGAAGGAAUUCCCUGAUAUUCCCAUUGGAUAUUCCGGUCACGAGUCUGGGGUCCACAUCUCUGUGGCAGCAGUGGCGCUGGGGGCAAAGGUCAUUGAGCGUCAUGUGACCCUGGACAAGAGCUGGAAGGGAAGUGACCACGAAGCUUCUCUGGAGCCCUCUGAGCUGACAGAGCUGGUGAAAGCUAUUCGAUUGGUGGAGAGGUCUCUGGGGACGGGCAUCAAGCAGAUGCUGCCCUGUGAGAAGCCAUGCCACGAUAAGCUGGGGAAAUCAGUGGUGGCCAAGGUGGCGAUCCCCAAAGGCACUGUGCUGAGUAUGGACAUGCUGGGGGUGAAGGUGGGCGAGCCGAAGGGCAUUCCCCCCGAGGACAUCUUCCAUCUGGUGGGCAAGUCCGUCACAGAGGACGUGGAGGAGGACGAGAGCAUCACCCCGGAUGUGGUCGACGGCUACGGCAAAAAGAUCAAGUGCCGAGUGGAGUAAUCACCCUUGUAAUAGCCUACUGUAACCAUGGUAAUACUGUAACCACAAUGCCAAACACAAUGCACUUUUACAGGCUGAGGAAAGUGAAAAGAUGGUUGUGUGAACAUCGAUAAUCUAGAUAUUAUUUUGAAGUUUCACUGAAGGGGACAUGCUUUAUAUUUCUGGUUUCAUGUUUUUUUACUAGAUAGAAGCAAACAUUCAAUGAAUCAGACUUGACUACAAGUGCCAAGUUAAGAAGAGAAAAUACAAACUGUAGGUUCAGUAGUGACUGAAAUGAUUGCAUUCGAAUUGAAUGUUUAACUGUUCACUUGUAAAUGAAAUGGCCAGUAAUGUUAAGUUGCACUACAAAAAUGUCAAAUACAAAAUGCCAAACAUUAAUGAUUGUUUAUCUUUUUCAUACGAAAUCACACUCCUUGAUUAAAAUUAUAUUAUUUGUGAUACAA